AUGACACGCGCUUCGUGGGCUGACAAAGAUCAACAUAAUUGGCUUGAUUCGCGCAAAGCCCAGUUCAUCGAGGUCAAUCAGCGGAAAGCCGCUGCCAAAGAAUUCUUUCCAGAUGUGGUCAAGGACUUCCGCGAAAAAUGGCCUGUGUCCCCAGCCACACCAGAGGAAGUCGAGAAGGCCGGUUCUGAAGAAUCUGCAACGAAGAAGAAGCGCGAGAAGUAUGACAAGCGUGUCCGCGAUUGGUUCCACAACAAUACAAGGAACGUGGCUUCAAACGGGGGCACUCAUGGCAUAUUAAAGGUCAAGGCUAAGCCCAAGAUGCUCCAAGCAUGGCAGGCAUAUCAUGCCCUCACCUAUCAGACGAAAUGGAAACCAUUCAUUCAAGAGAGAUGGACUGCGUACCAGGAGGAAUGGGCUACUGAGCACCCAGAGGAGAGUAAGCCUGCAAAGGGUCGGUUUCAGAUUAUGGUAGAGUUCAUUAAAGAAAAAUACGCCGGAGAGACCCCUGAGAUCAGGGCCGAGUGCGAAGAAUAUCGGAAGAAUCGUCGUGAUGAAACUCCCACAGCCUUGGCCGGUGAAGAGGCAACUAAAAACAUCGAAUUGCAGUCCGCUAUUACAAGACUUCCUCGAUCUCUAGCAGCGAUGGGUGCAUCACUCAUGGAACAGACAGGUUGGAAUAUCACAAUUCUUGCAGGGGGUCCUUCACCUGAACACGAUGGAAUGAUCGUGAGUUUCUUAUCUCAUACUGGAAAGACCAAAUCCGGCGAGACAUUUGAAAAAUUUCUGGGGAAGCAGGAUUACGACGCGUCUCUUUUGCUUCCAUUCGAAAGGUUCCUCAAUUCAUCAUUUUCUGCGGAGGAUUGUGCUUCAUGCCGACUUGUGAAAGUUGAGACAGACGCCGACUUGGAAGUCUCCGAUAAAGAGUGGCACUCAGAGCAGAAAGAGGACGGGGACAACAUGGCGGCAGAAGAUAACGGUGGCGACAACGCAGCUGCGGGCGCGCAUGGAGACCACCACGUAACUGCGACGAAAUCGCACGGCCUUAGUGAAUACGAGAUAAACAAGGCGAAGAAUGUCGCGGAGCUUAAGAGAAAGCUUGCCGAAGUUGAUAAGAAAUACCCCUUCCCCGAGGAAUUGAGAGGAAAGAAAGAGCACAGAAAGCCAGCGAGUAUUAAGAAAGGCAAAGCACCAGAGGGGGAAGUCGUUCGACGAGGGUCAACAAGAAUCAAAGAUCAGGCGAAUUCUUCGACCACAGCCGUUCUGUCUUUGAUAACCCCAACAUCCGAGUCUCAGCCCACGGUCCCUAUCAGCAUUGUGGCCCCCCUUGACCACCAGAAUGAACUCCCAACAGAGGAGUUGGCUCUGUCCGUUGCUCUUCCAGUCAGCGCUCAAACCCCCGGUGCUUCAGCUUUGGCCAUCGACUCUGGACCCACAUCCAUCUACAACUCGGAACCCACGCCUGCGCCUAUGGGCUUGGAUCUCGCUCAUUCGACGUCUCUUACCCACUUCCCCGCCACUCCGAUCUCCGUUGGUGAUUCAUCUAAUAUCGGUGGAGAGCUCGCCCAUUUGACCAUUGAUUCCGGACCCACGUCUAUCACCAACUCUGAUUCCGCACCUGCGCCUGUGAGCUUGGAUCUCGCCCAUACGACAUCUCUUACCCUCUCCCCCGCCACUCCAAUCUCCGUUGGUGAUUCAUCCAACAUCGGCGGAGAGUUCGCCCGUCAGCCAACGGAACUUUCUCAAGAGAAACCCGCUUCGAGUGAACUGACAUGUCCUAUUGGUGGUCCAUCCAAUAUCGGCGGAGAUCUCGCUCAUCAGUCGACGGAACCUGCUCAAGAGAAACCCACCGGCGGCGAACGCAAUAGUGACACCGAUGACAGCGAGUUACCAUCGUAUCUCGUUCUGAUGAUUGGCUACCUGCGUGGUGUAGCCGCGGAUCGAGUGUGGCAGGAUUUGGUGACAAAUCUUGUCGGUUUUGAGAAGUUUGGUCAUCCCGCGAAUGGUAAUCUGUCGACGAAAUCGCGACCACAAGAGAUCUCCGACUGGGUUAGAAGCAAGAAGAAGGACGUCGUUCCUUCCAUCAAGCAAGAUGUGUAUGGUCCUCACUUUAUGGAAUGGUGGGGAGGACUCCAGCCUUCCUGGCGCCAGUUCCAAGGUGCAAACGGCCCACUCGACCUUGUUCGCGAAACUCCGAAGGCCGAAACGUGGGUGGCUUUGAAGAAAGGGGGCACAUCAGGCAUUUACGUUGUGGUGAUGGGUCUUUCGUGGUGGAUCAAGAGCCAGCAAAACGAACGUGAUGCCAAUGCAUGGGCUGUCGUGGAUGACCUCUCCUGGGUUAUCCGGCAGAUGACGGAUGGUCAGGAUUCUCUCGCAUUGACCGUUCAGAAGCGGCACCGUGAUGAUGACUGUCAGGGCAAUGAGGUGGAAGAUCAGCCUCUGCAGAAACGGAGAGAAUACAUUGGUCUUAUGGUGAUGGUCUGGCAUUUCUGCAAAUUCUUUGUGCUUGGCUGA